GUGAGUUUUUCGUAGCUUGUUUUCUAAUGUUCAGAGUUGAUCUGUUUAUCAGAAUAUGUUGCUUGUCACCGUUGAUGAGAUUCAUACACUGAUUCUUAAAGGGAUCCCCUGGUGUUGAGACUUGUAUGGCUUAACAUAAUGUAAAUGAUGUCUCUUACUGAAAUAUGUAGUAGAAAAUCCAUGAAAGAUUUAUGUUAUUUGAAAAAAAAUCCAUAACAUGUUUGGACAAUGGGCGGUACUAUUUUGUUUGCGUUCUAUGUCAGUGAUGUCAAAUGGUUGCACUCUGUCAGCUACUUACAUUACUCUAUGGCUAUUUUUACCACAACACAACUCGGAAUAUAAUAUACAAUGCCGCACUGUGCAGCUUUUGGUUGUAAUUUUCAGUCGAUGAUAUCUGUGAUCGCAUAAAACAGUAGCAUCUUCUCAGCAUGUUUAACUAUGUGUAGACAUUCAGGUUACAUAUCAGACGAUUUUUACACACCAUACAACAGUACUUUGAAUAGCCACAGAGUCAUUGCACGUCUUCAAUGUUUUCAGCCUCACUAAUUUUGCGCUCUGGCUCUUUUCCUUGAAAAAGGCUGACUGUGUUUUAAAAGGAACCCUGCGGUUAUUAAGACUUGUAUGUGUUACUAGAUUACCAUUGCACCAAAACAUACAGAUGAGCAUCAGGGCUAAAGUGGAGAGAGCAUUACACCUGGUUACUCCGAUUGCAUUUACACUUGGCCACAUAAAUGUGCCUCCGCAAAAUAUAUCUGAUCUUCAAUUCCCGCGCUAUAUGCAGAUAUCAUGGAGUCUACGUCACCGAAAGCAACAAAUAUGAGCUGAAUUUUAUUGAUUAUCAGCUAAUUUCAAAAUCAAGACCGCAAUCCGAGAGAGCACGGCAACAGCACUGGUAAGAUCAUUAUUUUUAAUGAAGACGAUUGUGUUUUGAGCACCUGCGACUUAAAUUCAUUUUGAUUUGUGGCCACACAUUUGAUCUGGGCCACACUCCUUCCACCAACAAUUGGCCCUCAUGUUGUUCACGUGAUCCAUGCUGUGCCAUCAUUGCCACACAUGGCCCAGCUCUGACUGACAAGAUACAUGCCAUUGCCGACAGGAGGCCAGCAGUGCCAGUUUGAGGCCACAUUCAGGCCAAGUUCCCUUGCUAUGUGGGUGACUCUGCAUCCAUUACAUAACAUCAGCUUCCUGAAGCAAAACAAUAAAAAAGAUUAACAUAAUUUGCUAUAAAUGUUUUCUGUCAAAAGAAGGAGACACAGGCCAGUGUUGAUUUCGUCAGAGAAUCAUAGUAGGAAUAGUCAGAGUACUGAUGUGGAUUUCAUAGAUUUAUGGAUCUUCUCUUUCAUGGAAGCAGGUAAAACUGAUUACAUCAGUGUAGCCUAUCUCCUAUUUUCCCUAAAAACCAUAAACAUUUUUAUUCAAAAAUAUAGACAGAAAACAUGAGAAAAAUAUUUCAUUUCAGUUAAACGUCCUGAACUUAAAAGAAGAUUCCAGUAAUAGAUGUAAAUAUACUAUAUGGCAAAUAACAGCCAUGGCCCUCGACACCUUUUUGUGCAAAUGUAACGGAGGCCAGCUAUUAGUCGCUGUGCGAGUAAACCUCACUCGUCUGAUCUCAAGAAAUGCUCUACCGAUUGUCGCUAUUGGUUGCAGCCUUUAGCCUCCUUGUUAGAGCAUCUGACUCCCACGCCGGAGACCCAGGUUCGAGGCCUGUGCAGAGCGGGGCGAGUAGGACCUGGGUAGAGGGGUUACACAAAGUAUCUCUCCUUUCACUGCGAUUCAGAGUCCCAACUUGAAUCAAUGUUACAAUGUGAUUGGUUCAAGGAUUUAAGGAAGAAUUCCAGUAUUUUUCUCCAUAUAGUGGACUUCACUGGGGUUCAGUGGGUUGAAGGUCCAAAUUGCAGUUUCAGUGCAGCUUCAAAUGGAUCUUCAACUUUGAGGAACAAGGGUCUUAACAUUAACUUAACUAAAACGAUUGGUCAUUUUCUAAAAAACAAAUAAAAAUGUAUAUACACAAAUGCUCGUCUUGCACUGCUCUGUGAUCCGCCACGCAUUACGUAAUCACGUUGGAAAGCUCACAUUCAGAAAUAUUCACAAAAUCCCUUCUUAAAACAUUUUAUGUAUUAUUUUCACUAUGUAGUGUUGUUUGACGAACGCAUGUUCACUACUCCUGCUUGUGAUUCUUGACCUGACCUGCAGAGGACAGCAUGAAAUCGAGACAUCUUCAAACUCCAGCAGUUCAAACGCAGUUUGUUGUUCCUUCCUCUUAGUCUGAUGCACAAAUGUGCGCGAGAAUAACAAUUGGGCCAUUGAGGGAAAUCUCUUCAUCAGCUCUAUUUGAUAUAAUGUAGAGGAAAAGAUUCAUGCUGUUUAAACUGUACCUCCAUAAGAAACCAGACUGAGGCGGUGUCCAUCAAAGUGAAAGUAAAAUCCAUCAGCCUACGCAGUUAUUUUUUAUGAAAACUUGAAGAAAACUGAUAAAGAAUCAUUUAUAUUUUCUUAAUGGAACUUCAAGAUGAUCAGCAUGACCUCCACAGCUACAUUUCCACAAAGUGCGGUCCAGAUGCAAAGACCAAAGUCACCAAGUGUGUCCAUAAAGAGUGACCAGUCAAUGGAUCCUCCACCUAAGCUUAGUGAUCCUGGGUUUAGACCGGAUCCUCCAGAACCCAGCUGUGUGUCCAUAAAGAGUGACCAGUCAAUGGAUCCUCCACCUAAGCUUAGUGAUCCUGGGUUUAGACCGGAUUCUCCAGAACCCAGCUGUGUGUCCAUGAAGAGUGACCGGUCAAUGGAUCCUCCACCUAAGCUUAGUGGACACACUGAUCUUAAGUCUAGACCAGACCUGCCAGAAUCCAGCUGCCAGAAUCCUCCACUUAACCUUGGACACACUGAACAUCAUGGGUUUAGUGACCCUCAACAUGUCGAAGCCCUCAAGACAUUCAGAUCAAAUCUGAGGAAGAAGUUUCAGUGUCUGUAUGAGGGAACAGCAAAACAUGGAAACCCAACACUGCUGAAUGAGAUCUACACAGAGCUCUACAUCACAGAGAGUGAUUGUGGAGAGAUCAAUAAUGAGCAUGAGGUGAGACAGAUUGAGACUCAAUCCAGCAGAGCAGCAACAGAGGACACACCGAUCAAAUGUAAUGACAUCUUCAGACCUUUACCUGGACAAGACAAACCCAUCAGAACUGUGCUGACAAAGGGAGUCGCUGGCAUUGGAAAAACAGUCUCUGUACAGAAAUUCACCCUGGACUGGGCUGAAGGGAAAGAGAAUCAGGACAUCCAGUUCAUAUUUCCACUUCCUUUCAGAGAGCUCAACUUGAUGAAGGACAGAAUACUCAGUCUUUCAGAGCUUCUUCAUGUAUUUUUCCUUGAAACAAAAGAAAUGAAACCAUUCAGUGGUGAAUAUAAAGUUGUCUUUGUUUUUGACGGUCUGGAUGAGUGUCGUCUGUCUCUGGACUUCAGUGUGAAACUGUGUAAUAUUUCUGAAUCAGCCUCAGUGGACGUUCUGCUGACGAACCUCGUUGCAGGGAAUCUGCUUCCCUCUGCUCUCAUCUGGAUCACCUCCAGACCCGCAGCAGCUGAUCUCGUCCCGUCUGAGUGUGUCCAUCGAGUGACAGAGGUACGAGGCUUCAAUGAGCCACAGAAGGAGGAAUACUUCAGGAAGAGAAUCGGUGAUCAGAGUCUGGCUGAUAAAAUCAUCACACACCUAAAGUCUUCAAGGAGCCUCUUCAUCAUGUGUCAUAUCCCAGUGUUCUGCUGGAUCUCAGCCACUGUCCUAGAGAAGAUGUUGAGCGAAGCAGAGAGUGGAGAGAUUCCCAAGACUCUCACUCAAAUGUACACACACUUCCUGAUCAUUCAGACCAACAUCAAACAUGAGAAGGACUAUGAGAAGAAAGUGAAAGAUGAAGAGAUGAUCCUCAAACUGGGUAAACUGGCGUUCCAGCAGCUUGUGAAAAGAAACCUGAUCUUCUAUGAGGAAGACCUGAGAGAGUGUGGCAUUGAUGAGACAGAAGCAUCAGUGUACUCAGGAUUGUGCACUCAGAUCUUCAGAGAGGAGUUGGGCUUGUAUCAGGGGAAAGUCUUCUGUUUUGUUCAUAUGAGCAUUCAGGAGCAUCUAGCAGCUCUUUAUGUGCUGCUUUCAUUCCUGCUGGACAAGAGGGAUGUCCUCAAUGAAAACCUCAGCUCUGAACAUUCACAUGAGUUCACAUGUCACACAAUAUCUGACCUGCAUCAGAGAGCCGUAGACAAGGCUCUGCAGAGUAAGAAUGGACAUCUGGACCUUUUCCUGCGGUUCCUUCUGGGUCUCUCGCUGGAGUCCACUCAGAUGCUCCUGAAAACCCUUCUGACACAUGUUAGCAACAUCUCGUACAGUAAAGAGAAAACGAUUGAAUACAUUAAAACGAGAAUUAGAAUGAAUCCCUCACCAGAGAAAUCCAUCAAUCUGUUCCACUCUUUAAAUGAACUGGGUGAUCAGUCUCUUGUAAAUGAAGUCCAGAAGUGUCUCAGAUAUGGAAGUCUUUCAACCACCAGUUUGUCCUCAUCACAGUGGUCGGCUGUUGUCUUUGUUUUAUUAACGUCCAAGUAUUUGGAUGAGUUUAAGUUAAAGAAAUACAUAAGCAUCAAUCAAGACCAAAACCAGAUGUCACCAGAUGAAGUACUUCAGAAGCUCUUGCCUGUAGUUGAAGCCUCCAGAUCAGCAGAGUUGAUUCAGUGUAAUAUCACAUCUGAAGGUUGUGCUGCUCUGGGUUCAGCUCUGAGAUCAAACUCACACCUCAGAGAACUGGGUCUGUCUCAUAAUAAUAUACAAGAUGAAGGUCUGACGCUGCUCUCUGAUGGACUGAAGGAUCCUCACUGUAAACUGAAGAAACUGAUGUUGAGUCAGUGUAAUAUCACAGCUGAAGGUUGUGCUGCUCUGACUUCAGCUCUGAGAUCAAACUCACACCUCAGAGAACUGGAUCUGUCUGGGAAUAAAAUAGGAGAUGAAGGUCUGAUGCUGCUCUCUGAUGGACUGAAGGAUCCUCACUGUAAACUGGAGAAACUCACGUUGAAUAGUUGUAAUAUCACAGUUGAAGGUUGUGCUGCUCUGACUUCAGCUCUGAGAUCAAACUCACACCUCAGAGAACUGUAUCUGACUGUGAAUAAAAUAGGAGAUAAAGGACUGAUGCUGCUCUCUGAUGGACUGAAGGAUCCUCACUGUAAACUGGAGAAACUGGAGUUGUGGAUGUGUUAUUUCGCAGCUGAAGGUUGUGCUGCUCUGGCUUCAGCUCUGAGAUCAAACUCACACCUCAGAGAACUGGAUCUGUUUAUGAAUAUAAUCGGAGAUGAAGGUCUGACACUGCUCUCUGAUGGACUGAAGGAUCCUAACUGUAAACUGGAGAUACUGUGGUUGAGUCGGUGUAAGAUCACAGCUGCAGGUUGUGCUUCUCUGACUUCAGCUCUGAGAUCAAACUCACACCUCAGAGAACUGGAUCUGUCUAUGAAUAAAAUAGGAGGUCGAGGUCUGACGCGGCUCUCUGAUGGACUGAAGGAUCCUCACUGUAAACUGGAGAAACUGAAGUUGAUUCAGUGUAAUAUCACAGAUAAAGGUUGUGCUGCUCUGGCUUCAGCUCUGAGAUCAAACUCACACCUCAGAGAACUGGAUCUGACUGUGAAUAAAAUAGGAGAUGAAGGUCUGAUGCUGCUCUCUGAUGGACUGAUGGAUCCUAACUGUAAACUGGAGAAACUGAUGUUGAGUCAGUGUAAUAUCACAGCUGAAGGUUGUGCUGCUCUGGUUUCAGCUCUGAGAUCAAACUCACACCUCAGAGAACUGGAUCUGUCUAUGAAUAAAAUUGGAGAUGAAGGUCUGAUGCUGCUCUCUGAUGGACUGAAGGAUCUUCACUGUAAACUGGAGAAACUGGAGUUGGGUUGUUGUGAGAUCACAGCUGAAGGUUGUGCUGCUCUGGCUUCAGCUCUGAGAUCAAACUCACACCUCAGAGAACUGUAUCUGACUGGGAAUAGUCUAAGAGAGGCAUCUGUGGAGAGUCUCUCUGCUUUAAAAGAUGAUCCACAUUAUAAACUGGAGACACUGCUCUAUGAGUUAUGGUGAAUAUGGAGCCACUAUAAAGACGUCAUCAUCAACACUGAAGUCACAUGACCUUUACUGGACUUUUCAUGUACUUUAAAUGUACAUGAUUUUUUUGUAGCCUAUAAGAUUUAAUAAAGUCUUUCUCCUGGUUCA